AUGCAACUUCUUUACCCCAAACAUCUCUGCUCCACGGAAAGAGUCCCUGCGCGGCCGUCUUACUAGGUGAAGCUGAUUGGCCAACGCAAUGAAGCCCCCUGUAUUGUACAAAAAGAUAGGGACGCAGGAGGAACAAGGGGUUGCCGGUAUCCGGUUCGGCCAUCGGGAUGAGACGGCCCGCAGGCUGUACCUGUGUGCCGUCACCGCUGCCGUUGCCGUUACCGUGCUGUUCUGCAUCCUGGCUUCUCAGAUGUUCUUUCCUUUCUGCUUCUCGACAUCUCAAGUGAAGACAGAGACGGUCCUCCUGAACCAGGACAACAGCUGCGACGAUCCGUGCAAGUUUGUGCUGGUGGAGAGUAUCCCCGAAGGGCUGGUCUACGACUCCAACGCUACAAGCAACCCCUCGACGUUCCAGUCGUGGAUGAACCUCCUCGCGGAGGCGCAAACCAGCGUGGACAUUGCAUCCUUUUAUUGGUCGAUGACCAACGAAGACACUCAUACACAGCAGCCUUCAGCCAAUGAGGGAGAAUUAAUCCUUCAAGAACUCGUGAAACUGAAACAGAGGGGGGUAACUCUUCGGGUCGCUGUUAGCCCCACUAACUCUCCCACCAAGGACAAGGACAUUAAUGCUCUGAAGGACAGUGGAGCUGAGGUGCGUGUGGUGGAUCUGCCGCGACUCACAGAUGGGGUUCUGCACACGAAGUUCUGGGUUGUUGAUAAUAAGCACAUGUACAUCGGCAGCGCCAACAUGGACUGGCGGGCCCUCACACAGGUAAAGGAGCUUGGAUCCUCCGUCUACAACUGCAGCUGCCUGGCCCAAGACCUGGAGAAGAUCUUCCAAGUUUAUUGGGCCCUGGGCCUGCCUAAUUCCACCAUCCCUUCCCCGUGGCCAGAUAACUAUUCCACUGCCUACAACCUGCGCACUCCUCUGGAAGUGGCUCUGAACGACACCCCGUCCCACGUCUACCUGUCUAGCUCUCCACCCCCUCUAUCUGCGAAAGGCAGAACAGACGACAUCCAGGCCCUCCUGAGCGUGAUAGACGAUGCCAAGAAGUUUGUGUACAUCUCUGUCAUGGAUUAUACCCCCACGCAGGAGUUCGCCUACCCAAAGAGAUACUGGCCGGCGAUUGACAGUCGUCUGCGGGAAGCCGUGUACGAGAGGCGAGUGUCGGUGCGCCUGCUGAUCAGCUGCUGGAAGAACUCCAAGCCGUACAUGUUCCCGUUCUUGGAGUCCCUGGCUGCGCUGCACAGCAACAAAUCCCACUUUGACAUUCAAGUGAAAAUCUUUGUAGUCCCAGCAACUCCGGAACAGAAAAAGAUUCCUUAUGCCAGGGUGAACCACAACAAGUAUAUGGUGACCGACCGCGUGGCUUAUAUAGGAACGUCUAACUGGUCCGGGGAUUAUUUCAUGCGCACGGCAGGCUCCGCGCUGAUCGUAAACCAAACGAUCUCUGCCAACGCCACCAACACCGUCCAAGAGCGGCUACUAGACGUGUUCGAGCGGGACUGGAAUUCCAAUUACAGCCAUCCUCUCCGCGGCUUGGAGUCCACGAGCUCAUGGAGCGAUAAAUGCAACUUCUAGAGAAAUCCCGGAAACGGCCAAGCGUUUGGAGCGCGAAGCUUCCCGGGCA